AAUAUUACUUUACCCAUUGCAGUUGAGUGGAUUCCGACUCAUAAGCAACCCUAUAUAAUAAGAGUAGAACUGCCCCGUUAGUUUUCCUAGUCUGUAAUCUUUAUGGGAGCGGAUCACCAGGUCUUUUCUUCUGCGAGAACAUGGUGGGUUCAAGCUGCUGACUUUUCGGUUAGCAGCCACUGCGCCACCAGGGCUCCACAUUACUUUAAAGCAAAAACCAAACCCACUGCUGCUAUGUUUCCAACUCAUAACGACCCCAUAGGACAGAGUAGAACUGCUCCAUAGAGUUUCCAAGGUUGUAAUCCUCACAGAAGCAGACUGCUACAUCUUUCUCCCCCAGAGCAGCUGAUGGGUUUGAACUGCCAACCUAUGCUUAGCAGCCAAGUGCUUUAACCAACCAGAGCCCUCUUCAUAUUACUUUCCCCAAAAAAACUCAAACCCAUUGCCAUCGAGUCAAUUUGGGCUCAUAGCUCCCGUAUAGACAGAUAUUUAGUUACCCCUCUUUAAACUUUCUUUAGUCACCAUCUUCAGACCUUCCCUGGUAGUAUCUUUGUGCGUUUUGUCAGUGACGUAGUAUGUGAGUGCAAAAGUUUGGUUUUGCUAAUAGAUUGCUAGCUUACAGCCCAAGCGUGGCAAUAUAUUUUCCUCAGUUGAGCCUCAUUUUUGGUCACUGUUAGAACUUUCAGGAGCAUAAAAUACCAUUCUCAGGAAACCCUGGUGGCAUAGUGGUUCAGUGCUACAGCUGCUAACCAAAAGGUCAUCAGUUUGAAUCCACCAGGCAGUUCUUGAAAACUCUGUGGGGCAGUUCUGCUCUGUCCUGUAAGGUUGCUACAAGUCAGAAUCAACUCAACAGCAAAAUUUUGUUGUUUUUUUUUUUUGGUAGAGACAUGCUAGUGACAAUAUAUGGAGUCUAGUACCAAAAUGCUUCUUGGGCUAAACACACUGAUCUUCUCUUUGUAUUGCUAUAAAUUGCCUCUCAAGCAAUUGCCUCUCAGUCAACAAAAGAGGGGACUUUUUUGUUUUAACUUCAUCUUAGUAUUGCAUCAAUUUAGUUCUAUGCGCUUUGCUUAAUUAUGAAAGGGAUUCCCUCAGAGAUGUUCCUCAUAUGCCAAAUUCUUUGGAAGUUCUUAAUUCAAAUUUAUCUUUUUUAUUUAACUUGAGAUUUUCUUUUCCCCUACAGAGGUAAGUUUCACUCUACCAUUGCUUGAAUCUUGACAAUUCAUUUCUUUGUAUUUUAGAGAGAAAAAAAUGUCAGCUAACUAGGUGUUCCCUUAUUUGACUAAAAAUAUGUAUUUCAUUGCUGUAUUUCUAAGAUUUUCAGACGUUUGUGAAAGCUUCCCCCUUUAGGUUAUCUUAUUAAACUGAAAAGUGCGGGCCUUACUUAUGGUAUGCUGCCUUUUUAAAUCACUAAGACCACUAGUUGCUGAAGAUAAGGAAAUAAACUGUUAAAGAACUGUCACUGCAUCUAUAAGAAUUCCCUUUUUUUUUGGUAGUUUGAAUGUAUAUCCAUGUGCUAUUAAGGUUACAAUGGGUACUCCUUUGAUAAUCACAAAUCUUCAGUCCUUUAUUCUGCAAAUGUCUAAAAAAAAUGAAGUGAACAUUUUGUUACUUGAUGGAACUUUAUGGAUUGGCUCAAUUAGUUACUGAUGUUAUAACAGAUACAUUGUUUCUUUCCCAAUUUGAUCAGUCUUCAGUUUGCUCUCAUUUUGCUUCUCCUACUAUAUAUGGAUUUAUAUAUUUAGUGAUUCAUAAAAUGAUCUGUGCUUCACUGAGCUUCUGGUAAGGGUGAGAGAAAAUUUUGGAAAUGGAUAGUGGUGAUAGUUGUACAACAUGAUGAAUGUAACUAAUGUCACUGAAUUGUACGUAUAAAAAAUGUUGAAGUGGAAACGUCUUAUAGUAUAUAUGCUUACCACAGUUAAGAAAAAAAAAGACACUUUAAAGAGAAAAAAAUGAUUUGCACUUCUAUUUUAGAAUGAUCACGAAUCUGGGGCCAAAGAACAAGAUGCGCUAGUCAGCAGGUUGCUGACCAGGGGCUGAGAGCUGUGUUCUUACCCUCCUCAAACAGACUUUGCAGCCACGGAGAGGGUACAAGGUGUUAUAAUUCCGGGGUACUUGAAGCCACAAGAUAAACAUGAUCCAUCUUCUUGGAGCUUCAGUUAUGCUCAGUGAGGGGGCGGUGAGUUAAAUAUUUAACCGACAGGAUCUUGGUCUCUUCCCGUCUCCUUGUGUGCAGCUCAGCAGCAAUGGUUUUGGUUUUUUCGUAUACAUGUAUGGUGGUGCAGUGGUUAAAGUGCUCAGCUGCUAACCAAAAGGAAGGGGAGAUGGAAGGUGAGGCAGUUGAAGCCAUUGUGGAGGAGUCCGAAACUUUCAUUAAAGGAAAGGAGAGAAAGACUUACCAGAGACGCCGGGAAGGCGGCCAGGAGGAGGACGCUUGCCACCUACCCCAGAACCAGACGGAAGGGGGUGAGGUAGUGCAGGAUGUCAACAGCGGUGUACAGAUGGUAAUGAUGGAACAGCUGGACCCCACCCUUCUUCAGAUGAAGACUGAAGUAAUGGAGGGGGCAGUGGCUCCAGAAGCAGAGGCUGCUGUGGAUGAUACCCAGAUCAUAACCUUGCAGGUUGUAAAUAUGGAGGAACAGCCCAUAAACAUAGGAGAGCUUCAGCUUGUUCAAGUACCUGUUCCCGUAACUGUACCUGUUGCUACCACUUCAGUAGAAGAACUUCAGGGGGCUUAUGAGAACGAGGUGUCUAAAGAGGGCCUUACAGAAAGCGAACCCAUGAUAUGUCACACCUUACCUUUGCCUGAAGGAUUUCAAGUGGUGAAAGUGGGGGCCAAUGGAGAGGUGGAGACGCUAGAGCAAGGGGAACUUCCGCCUCAGGAAGAUCCUAGCUGGCAAAAAGACCCUGACUAUCAGCCACCAGCCAAAAAAACAAAGAAAACCAAAAAGAGCAAACUGCGUUACACAGAGGAGGGCAAAGAUGUGGACGUAUCUGUCUACGAUUUUGAGGAAGAACAGCAGGAGGGUCUGCUGUCGGAGGUUAAUGCAGAGAAAGUGGUUGGUAACAUGAAGCCUCCAAAGCCAACAAAAAUUAAAAAGAAAGGUGUAAAGAAGACAUUCCAGUGUGAACUCUGCAGUUACACGUGUCCACGGCGUUCAAAUUUGGAUCGUCACAUGAAAAGUCACACUGAUGAGAGACCACACAAGUGCCAUCUCUGUGGCAGGGCAUUCAGAACAGUCACCCUCCUGAGAAACCACCUUAACACACACACAGGUACUCGUCCUCACAAGUGCCCAGACUGUGACAUGGCCUUUGUGACCAGUGGAGAAUUGGUGCGGCAUCGUCGUUACAAACACACCCAUGAGAAGCCAUUUAAGUGUUCCAUGUGUGAUUAUGCCAGUGUAGAAGUCAGCAAAUUAAAACGUCACAUACGCUCUCAUACGGGAGAGCGUCCGUUCCAGUGCAGUUUGUGCAGUUACGCCAGCAGGGAUACAUACAAGCUGAAAAGGCACAUGAGAACCCAUUCAGGAGAAAAACCUUAUGAAUGUUACAUUUGUCACGCUCGGUUUACCCAGAGCGGUACCAUGAAGAUGCACAUUUUACAGAAGCACACAGAAAAUGUGGCCAAAUUUCACUGUCCCCACUGUGACACUGUCAUAGCCCGAAAAAGUGAUUUGGGUGUCCACCUGCGAAAGCAGCAUUCCUAUAUCGAGCAAGGCAAGAAGUGCCGUUACUGUGAUGCUGUAUUUCAUGAGCGCUAUGCCCUCAUCCAGCAUCAGAAGUCACACAAGAACGAGAAGCGCUUUAAGUGUGACCAGUGUGAUUAUGCUUGCAGACAGGAGAGGCAUAUGAUCAUGCACAAACGCACCCACACUGGGGAGAAGCCUUAUGCCUGCAGCCACUGUGAUAAGACCUUCCGCCAGAAACAGCUCCUCGACAUGCACUUCAAACGCUAUCACGACCCCAACUUUGUCCCUGCGGCCUUCGUCUGUUCUAAGUGUGGGAAAACAUUUACACGUCGGAAUACCAUGGCAAGGCAUGCUGAUAAUUGUGCUGGUCCAGAUGGUGUGGAAGGGGAAAAUGGAGGAGAAACGAAGAAGGGUAAACGUGGAAGAAAAAGAAAGAUGCGUUCUAAAAAAGAAGACUCUUCUGACAGUGAAAAUGCCGAGCCAGACCUUGAUGACAAUGAGGACGAGGAGGAGCCUGCUGUGGAAAUUGAACCAGAACCAGAGCCACAGCCUGUGACCCCAGCCCCACCACCCGCCAAGAAGCGAAGAGGACGACCCCCCGGCAGAACCAACCAGCCCAAACAGACCCAACCCAUCAUUCAGGUUGAAGACCAGAACACAGGUGCAAUUGAGAACAUUAUAGUUGAAGUCAAAAAAGAGCCAGACGCAGAGCCUGCAGAGGGAGAGGAGGAGGCCCAGCCAGCUGCCACAGACGCACCCAACGGAGACCUCACGCCGGAGAUGAUCCUCAGCAUGAUGGACCGGUGAUGGCAGGGCCUUGCUCACCUCCAGGACUUCUCUGGGCUGUGUUUAAACUGCCCGCAUCUUAAUUUUUCUCCCUUCUUUCUUCUUUUGGCUUUGGGAAAAGCAUCGUUUUACACCAUUUUACCAAACAUACUGAGAACUAAAACUUCCAAGGAUGAUGUUAGAAAAACGUGAUUUAACUAGGACUUGCUGUUUGAUGUUAGCAAUCAUGGAAUGUUCUGAGUCCCUGAAGGUUUACUGUGAAGUGCUGAGGACAGUGUUGGAGCCUAACUGGUUUUCUUAGAUGGAAACAGAGACAUUGUACUCUCUCUUUCGAUUUGGUAAACCACUCCAGAAUGGCCACCGGGUUUCCCAGAGUUCUAUGGUCUUCUUCCCAGCAGAGUUUUUAAUUGUAAAUGCAGACUUGGGAAGGACUUAGACUUUUAAACUGUUUUUUGCUGUUGCUUUUCCCUGACUCCCUUUGCUUGGAGUCAGCUGCACACCAGUAGUAUGGCAUGCUACGAUCGGUUUCUGUCCUGAAAGCUUUGCCUCUUUCUUGGCAAAGUUUCUGGUAUGGUCAAGCUUGUAAAUAACUUUUUUUACAUUUUAAUCUUUUCCAUUAAUUAAGAAGUGCAGUGUAAGAAAACCCAGCAUUUUAAUUACUUGCAAAUUAAGUUACCACAGACUCUGUAGUGUGUAAAUGUUGACAGAGAAUUGGAUUACAAUCAUGUAGCAGAACAGUACUCAGACUGCUGCCCGCUAGUAACGGACACCCACAUGGAAGGAAGACGUGAUUUCCAGCCCAUGGAGCCAGCAUUUGAACCUUGUACAAUUAACUUUCAGUUAUGAUUCCCAUCUACAUUUUCUUUGCUCUGUUUGUAGCUGAAUUUUGUGUUUUAUAAAUCCUCUGUUAAAGCGGAAGGGUGAUUAUGAGUGGGUCACAGCAGCCCUUAAAAAGCUGGGCCAGAAAAUUUUACUAGGUCAGUAAUUUAAACUUUGGAUCUUCAAAAAAUAAAAAAUAAGAAUAAUAAUGUCAAACAAAACCAACUAAAAAGUGAUUCUUGCACAUGAACUGUCACGUUUAAAAUGUGUUUUUUAGAGCGCCUCAGUCUUGCUGAUUUCAAACACUUUUUUCUUAUGUGUAUUGCUUUUAAGACAGCCAUCAGUUAGCUAUCAGACUCUAGGUUGAUGCAUUUUGUACUUAGCUGUACUGUGUGAUACUUUUCAUUACUUUAGGACACCAACAUGAGACCUGGAAUAAAAUAUGUAACGGGGUUGAAAGCUGGGGAGGAGAAUCUACUGCUGUACAGCUAAUAAAUCAUAACAGAUUAACAAGUGCUCCAGACAGUC